GGCAUUGAAUCUCUCAUUGAGUCUCGCGUUUGAUAAAAACAUUUGGCAAUACUUUUAGCAAUACUUUUGUCUCGCAUUUCAAUGCAAUCAUACGUUUCAGACGUUUUCGCUGUUUAUUGUGUUUAUUAUUAUUUGCAAAUUUUGCACUGAUUUUGGUUUUGGCGGACCUUUUAUCGCAUCCAUUGACGCAAACCAUUCAUAUUAUCCAUACAUUUGUCUCGCAUUGAAAUGGCAUUCAUUUGCAGUGAAUUACUCACCAAAUGAUGCAUUGAUUGAGCGAUUGAUUGAGUGAUUGAUCUGUUUUUGGUGUGAAGACAACGGAAGACAUAAUCACCAGAAAUGUUGUACAUAUUUCUCGUGGAGAGCGGAUCUAUGAUGACGUUUGACAUGAAUCUCGCACUUCAGACUGUGGCUAAUCUGAAGAAAGCGAUUGCCAUUCAAUGUCAGGUUCCCGAAGAGAAACAGGUUUUGCUGAUCAGUGGCGGCGAGAGUCUGAACACAACGGCCAGAGUUUGUUCGUACGGGUGUUCGGGGACUGACACGAGUCCUAUCUUUCUCUUCAGCAAAGAGUCGAUCGAAAGUCUGAAUCCACCGAAAUGUGUGACCGAAUACGACCCGGACGUGGAUAUGGCCGACAGAGUCCAGAGUUGUGUCGAUAUGAACCCCAGUAUCCAUACAGUGGUCGCGCGGGCAGAGAUGGCACAACAGCUGUACGAAGUGGCCAAACAGCAGUUCCACAACUGCGAGCGACUCGUACACGACCAGCACCUCCAGCAACAGGGAUGGGCUGCAGUGGUCGCCAAUCUCGAAGACAUCGCCAACUCUUUCGCAAACAGCGCUCUUCUAUUGGAGGAAAUGUUCAAUCAAUUCAUUGAAGAAAAACAAUUUUUUAUCGAUUUAUUACAAAAUUUCGAUGAGGACAUCAAAACCUUAUCAGAGAUACCGAUAUUACAUAAUUUGAUGACAAGUGUCAACACUAAUGAGACGAACGACCAAAACAAAGAAUCGACGAGUCUUUUAGAGUGGAUCAGUCAAAGGGAUAACCAAAACAGUUUGGAUCAACUCUCCCAACACUGCGAGUGGAUCAGUCAAAGGGAUAACCAAAACAGUUUGGAUCAACUCUCCCAACACUGCGGCCAAGGGUUAGAACAGUUCGAUUCGGAACAGCUCUUGAGAGUGAAAGACGAGGUGAAGGAAGUGAUGGAUUCGUGCAAUCAGUCGAAUAUGAAAGAAGUGAAAGGUUUGGAGGAAAGGCUCUAUGGGUUGGAGAAAUUGAUGUGUGAAUCGAAGAAGAUUGUGGACGAACAGAGAGAUCUGGCGCAGGCUUUCUAUCAGAACCAGGCGCGAGCCUCCAAUCUGCGGGAUCCGUCCAUUUUGCCCGACCUGUGCGCCAGUCAUCAGCAACAGCUGCAGGUUAUGCUGAAGAACCACCAAAAACUGCGUGACAUCCGGCGCAGGUGUGCGCGCGCUAAGGAGGAACUGUCCGGCAAUCUUCACGCCCGCCUUCGAUGGAUUGUCUUCAUCGAGAAGAAGCUGUCGGAAGUGGACUCAAGAGUAUUGAUAUAUCGGGAAAAUAUUCGGCGACUGAAGAAGCACUUGAAAGUUGUCCAUCAAAUCCAUUUGGCGCCCAAAAUCUAUUUGGCGUCAGUCGUCGAAGUGGUCAGACGUAAGACAUUUUCGAGUGUAUUCCUCGAGUGGGCGACGAGUUUGGCCCAAAACUCAGCCAAUUUAGUCGAGAACGAGAUCCAAACGAGACAAACGUUUUCCACUCAAUUAGAGACUCAUUUUCUUCGGAUUUUAUUCCCGGGAAUGAAUGACUUUCCGCCGCGUUUUGCCAACGAAUCGCCCAAUCCUUUCGACACGGAUUUACCAAAUGUUACCGAUUCUGACGUCGAGUUUCUUCGCAAACAGUUACCCGACUUAUGCGAUAUGUUGUCCGUGCCUUCGCCUGUGCCUAUGCCUCAGCCGUCCACUCAAAAAGACUCGUCUAUCGCUCCCAUUGUGUCAAAACCCAGCGAAUCAGACACUGAAGAGUACGACACCGUUAAUGAAGAAUUCGAUAACAAGGCUUCGACUGGCAAUGAAUUAGAUUUAAAACAAACCGAUUUGUCUUCAAGUCUCAAAUUAUCAUUUGUCGAACAAUACAGUGAUCUUCGGAAUGAGUAUUUGUCUUCGUUUGACUCAAUGAAAGAACAGUUAAACACUUGGCUUGUAAUGAAAGAUAAGCAGUUGUCUGAAAAUGAAGAGGAGUUUAGCGAACGUUUGGAGGAAUACAAGAGCAAAGUAUCGGAUUUAGAGAAUUCAAGUCUUGUAUCGAACAAUGAAAUCGAUUCUCUUAAACAAACGAUUGAAACUUUAAGCAAAGAUAACGAGUGUUUUAGAAGUGAAAACAAUAGUAAAGACAUGAAAAUAAGUGAAUUACAAAAUGAAAUUCUCGAGAAUAAGAAAGAGUUGACUUUAGAGCACGAAUUGGAAAUGACUUCUUUGGGCGAAGAGAUGGACAAAUUGAACGAUAAGACACAGACACUCGAAGACUUAAUCAACGCAAAGAACGAGGAAAUAAUAGCAUUGCAUCAGAAGUACGAGAAAUCAGAAUCGGAUCUUUUGGUUCGCUUUCAGGACGAGAAGGAUUCGCUUAAAAAGACUUUGAAUGAAGACUUCAACCAAAAAGAAGAGACGUUAAGAAAUGAAUUCGAGGCUAAAGUGAAACAAUUGGAGCGAAAUAACGAAUCGACUCUAAAUGAGUUGCGGUUAGAGAUGGAGAAUCAGAAGACAAAGGGUUUGAUUGAAUUGAAAGACAAGUUGGAUGCGGACCACAGGCACGAAAUGGAUAGCCUUCGACAUCGGUUUAAACUGGCAAUCAGUACGACUUCUAUUGAGAGAACGCCGUCUGAGACGAGUCUGGAGAGAGUGAAUCUGGAUGUGAUCGACCAGUUGGCACAGGAACGGGAGGUCCAGAAACUGAAACAAUUGAUUUUGGAUGAGAAGAACAAAUACGACGAACUGCUCAUUAAAUCCAAGAAAGAUAGAGACGAAGAGAUGAAAGCAAUGAAAUCAGAAAUUGCGGCCAAAUGUCAGGUGAACUUCAAUGAAGCUCUCAAUAAGUUGUCAAAUGAAAGAGAACUUUUAGCUCAAGAAUUGGCCGUAAAAGACAGCUGUAUUCAGGCGUCUAUUUCUGCUAUAAAUGAUAUUAUUUCUAAAUUAAAUGCUCAACGAAUCAGUGAUUUGUGA